CAAGCCUGGCUCCAGAAUAAGCAAUCCUUGGAACACACCUAGGAGAAAUGUUCGGUAUGCGAUGCGACGUUCUUUGCAAUAUGACGGCACAUGGCGUUGGGGAAGGGCAAAGCCGCACAAGGAUGGCAAGUUCUUUGCUACGUGUCUCAGCGGUGAGUCGUUACUUUCCGUGUCACUCCAGUCUAUAAAGCUGGGUGUCAUGCUCUCAUCUUGAAGUCGUUUGGCUGCGAGCUUGCUACUUGACUAUUUCCGUAUCGGACAAUCGUAACGCCCAGAUCUAUUUACGAUGACUGACAAUAAUAACACUGAUGGUUGCUGCUGGACACAUAGUGCCAUGGGUAAGUGCAAUCCUUCAUGUAUGUACUACCCCAGCACUGUGUCGAAGCGACUGUUCGCUUUGACCGAAACUGUCAACGGUUCCCCAAUGAUCGACCAAGACUUCGACACCAAUCCCCGACUUUGUUUCGAUACGUCCAAUACUACCAGACUCGAGCCAGUCCCAACCCCAAUCUCUAUGGGCAUGAGUUAUGGGAACUAUACGAGCCAAGCUUCGCUGCACGAAUAUGACCAGAUCUCGUCAUCGUACGAUCAUACUUCGAACGCAGAUCUGAUCCGCGGCUAUCCAUGGAUCAGAUCAGUAUACCCAUCUCCAGAGCCACAGCUCCAGCGUAUAGAGAUGGGUUCUUUCGAUAGCAUCAUCUAUCCGUCACGCACGCCGUCAAAUGCCGGGCACGAUUGUCUUUACAUACCAUUUACUCAGGAUCCUUUCGGCUUGUACAAUAGGCCUUCAAACCCUGCAACACUGAUGUCUGAUCAAGACACAUCCAACAACGCCUUCAUAUCACCGCAGUCGUUCCACUCCGACGACCAGGUUGGCCAAACAUUCCAGGCGAAUGUACCCACCAUCAACACCUUAGGCACCAUCGAGGGCACAGAUAGUCUUGGAAUGCUUGUCUUUAGAUGUAGCGCACCUAGCUGCAUCGGUAAGACAUUCAAUCGCUGGCAGGAUUUUACUCGUCAUUACAACGGAGCUCACGCGCCACCAGAUGCGGGCAACAUGUUCUGGUGCACAGUACCCGGUUGCGACCGUGGUGUCCGAUCAUUUCCAAGGAAAGACAAAUUGGAUGACCAUGUUCGGAAGGUACACAUGUUGGUGGUUGAAAGCGCGUCAUCGGAUAUGUUGGGUGGCUGAUGUGAUGGUGUAUAGGCGGAUUGUGGUCGGCAAGGGUCAAAUGUUGUGCCAGACGAUUGCUGGGUGGGCGUGUAAUGGAAAUACAA